UUUCUUCGAACUCAACUUACUUGCAAAAUUGCCGAGUUUUAUGAGUUCACCAUUCUACCCCUUAUUACCGAGUUUACAUUAAAAUCGAGUUUAAUUCUGAGUUUAGUCAUCCGAGUUAACUCGCGAGUUUAGUAAGUAUAGGAUUUUUAUAUGAAUUAUUAUGUGGAGUUUUUUUUAUCGGUAACUAUUUAGACAAUAAAGUACUAUAAACCUAAUUAAGAAAAAGGAGUUUUAUAAUUUUAAAGAAUGGAAUGAUUGUGAAUGUUGUAAAAAUUUUAUUAUGAUUGAAGCAGAAGCAUUGUUUGGUGGUGCUGGAAAAGUUUCUGCAAGGAAAUGGAUGGGAGAAUGACUAAAGCUGCAGAGACAGGAAACGUUGACGAACUAGAAAGGUUGAUGAGAGAAGACAUAUUGGUGCUGGAUAGUAUUGCCUUGCAUGGAGCUCAAACUCCUCUACACAUUGCAUCAAUGUGUGGUCACGUUUCUUUCGUACAAGAAAUGUUGAAACUGAAGAAGCAAUUUGUGUAUGAACUCAACCAAGACGGGUUUACUGCCAUGCACCUGGCCUCUGCCAAUGGCCAUGUUCAGGUCGUGCUUGAGCUUCUCAAAGUUGACCAUCAACUGUGUCAAAUUCAGGGGAGGGAGGGAACCCUUCCUCUCCACUGUGCCUCUGUCAAAGGAAGGAUCCAUGUUAUGACGGCGUUGCUCUCUGCUGCUCCACUCACUGUUCAAAGCAAGACGGCCAGAGGGGAAACUCCGCUUCAUAUUGCGGUAAAAAACAACCACUUUGAUGCAGUUAAGUUGCUGUUGGAACACGCCAAGGGAUUGAAGAUGGAAAGAGUAGUGUUGAAUGACAAAGACAAUCAAGCAAAUACUGUCUUGCAUCUCGCUGCCUCGAGGAAGCAAUACCAGGUAUCUGAUUCAAGGGAUUUAAGCAUUGUUUGGUGGUGCUGGAAAAGUUUCUGCAAGGAAAUGGAUGGGAGAAUGACUAAAGCUGCAGAGACAGGAAACGUUGACGAACUAGAAAGGUUGAUGAGAGAAGACAUAUUGGUGCUGGAUAGUAUUGCCUUGCAUGGAGCUCAAACUCCUCUACACAUUGCAUCAAUGUGUGGUCACGUUUCUUUCGUACAAGAAAUGUUGAAACUGAAGAAGCAAUUUGUGUAUGAACUCAACCAAGACGGGUUUACUGCCAUGCACCUGGCCUCUGCCAAUGGCCAUGUUCAGGUCGUGCUUGAGCUUCUCAAAGUUGACCAUCAACUGUGUCAAAUUCAGGGGAGGGAGGGAACCCUUCCUCUCCACUGUGCCUCUGUCAAAGGAAGGAUCCAUGUUAUGACGGCGUUGCUCUCUGCUGCUCCACUCACUGUUCAAAGCAAGACGGCCAGAGGGGAAACUCCGCUUCAUAUUGCGGUAAAAAACAACCACUUUGAUGCAGUUAAGUUGCUGUUGGAACACGCCAAGGGAUUGAAGAUGGAAAGAGUAGUGUUGAAUGACAAAGACAAUCAAGCAAAUACUGUCUUGCAUCUCGCUGCCUCGAGGAAGCAAUACCAGGUAUCUGAUUCAAGGGAUUUAAUAAGAUCAUUUACAUAA